UCCUAACGAGGGGUGGCGGCGCUGAAUGAAAAUCACGAUAGAGUGACGUGGAGGAGGAGAGAGGAGGUGGAUGAACAGAGAAUGGGAGGGGAAGCAGCUGCUACCUAGUUAAUUUCCAGCCCAGAUCUGCUUUUUUUGCUCAUUGCGCGCACACACAAGCACACACACAUUCUGGUGUUUGGUGGUAGAGCACGUCAGCCGGACAACAAAGGGGCGCACAGGGGGGGCUCACUGCAGUCAGUCAGGACAGAAUCACACUUCACCACCAUCCAGUGUCAGUUCAGGCUCACUGAACUGUAUUUUUCAUAUCCACGAGGAAAUAAAGCGUCAGGCAGGCUGGAGGUGACCGUCACAGAAGCGUUAAUCACUCGCGUCGACAGUACAGCAGUACUUGUGAGCCUCGGGAGCGCGAUGGAGAUGGAGCAUUUCGAUGAGCGAGACAAAUAUCAGAGGCACGGCCGCUCCAGCUCGAAGAUGAACGGGGUGCCGAGUCCCACACACAGCGCCCACUGCAGCCUGUACCGGACCCGGACUCUGAAGACACUGAGCGCGGAGAAGAGAGCCAAGAAGGUCCGCUUCUACCGCAACGGAGACCGGUACUUCAACGGGAUAGUAUACGCCAUCUCCACAGACAGGUUCCGGACCUUUGACGCGCUGCUGGCGGACCUGACUCGCUCCCUGUCCGACAACGUCAACCUGCCCCAGGGGGUCCGGACCAUCUACACCCUGGAUGGCUCCAAGAAAAUCACCAGUAUUGACCAGCUGGUAGAAGGUGACAGCUAUGUAUGCAGCUCCACUGAAGCUUACAAAAAGGUGGAUUACUCAAAAAAUGUGAACCCCAACUGGUCGGUGAAUAUCAAGGUCUCAGCAGCAUCCUCCCGCGGGCCUCCUUCCCUGAGCAGUGCUAAGGUUGGUGCACCCGAGAGCCGGGACAAGGACUUCAUACGUCCAAAGCUUGUGACUGUGGUGCGGAGUGGAGUGAAGCCCCGGAAAGCUGUGAGGAUCCUGCUUAUCAAGAAAACGGCCCAUUCCUAUGAACAAGUCCUGACUGACAUCACUGACGCCAUCAAGCUCGACUCUGGAGUCGUGAAGAAGAUCUACACUCUGGAGGGAAAACUGGUGUCGUGUCUGCAAGACUUCUUUGGUGAUGAGGACAUUUUUGUUGCCUGUGGACCGGAGAAGUUCCGCUACCAAGACGACUUGAUGCUGGAUGAGAGCGAGUGUCGUAUGAUGAAGUCCGUGGCCUAUGGGAAGAUGUCUGGCUCUUUGAACCGAGGCUCCCCCAGGACUAUUGUCCACUCACGACACAGCAAGUCCCCUGUAUCUGUGAACGGGACGCCGGCCAGUCAGCUGUCCACUCCUCAUUCGGGGAAGUCUCCCAGCCCCUCCCCAACCAGCCCGGGCAGCCUCGGCCGACGCCGGGGGUCCCAGGGUUCCUCCGCCUCUUUGUCUUCCCCUAAAGUUUCCAACCCAGUGGAAGAUGUGAAUGGAGUCGUUACUGAAACUGAGGUUCUAGUUGAUGAGGUUCCAGCUGUGCCGUCCUACAUAUCAGACCGCUACAAGGUGGGACGCAUGUUAGGCGAUGGAAACUUUGCAGUAGUCCGGGAAUGUGUGGAGCUCUCCACAGGACGGGCGUAUGCUCUGAAGAUCAUCAACAAGGGCAAAUGCAGAGGCAAGGAGCACAUGAUCCAGAAUGAGGUGGCUAUCCUCCGCAGGGUCAAACAUCCAAAUAUCGUCCUGCUCAUAGAGGAGGUGGACACUUACAGUGAACUCUACCUGGUCAUGGAGCUGGUCAAGGGGGGAGAUCUGUUCGACGCCAUCACCUCUGCCAACAGAUACACAGAGAGAGAUGCCAGCGGAAUGCUCUACAAUCUCGCCAGUGCCAUCAAAUACCUCCACAGCCUCAACAUUGUGCACAGAGACAUCAAACCAGAAAACCUGCUGGUAUAUGAACAUGCAGAUGGCAGCAAAAGCCUGAAACUGGGAGACUUUGGUUUGGCGACUGUGGUGGACGGACCUCUCUACACUGUCUGCGGGACCCCAACAUAUGUAGCACCUGAAAUCAUUGCAGAAACAGGGUAUGGCCUUAAGGUGGACAUCUGGGCAGCUGGAGUCAUCACCUAUAUCCUACUGUGUGGUUUCCCACCUUUUCGGGGGAGCAUUGAUGAUCAAGAAGUGCUUUUUGAUCAGAUACUGAUGGGACAGCUAGAAUUUCCUCUACCAUACUGGGACAACGUGUCAGAGACAGCCAAGGAGCUGAUCCGAUCCAUGCUGGAGGUGGAGGUGGAUCAGAGAUACACUGCGCUUCAGGUGCUGGAGCACCCUUGGGUCACUGAUGAGGGUCUAUGUGAGAAUGACCAUCAGCUGUCAGUAGCAGGGAAGAUAAAGAAGCAUUUCAACACCACUCCAAAAGUCAGCGACACCACUGCAGGAGUAUCAGUCAUUUCUUUGGAUGACAGCUUUUCUAUGCAGAGAUCUGGGUCGUUGGAUUUCUACCAGCACCCGGCCCUGUACUGGAUAAGGCCACCCCUCUUGAUAAGGAGGGGCAGGUUCUCAGACGAAGAUGCCACCCGGAUGUGAAGCCACCGCCUGCGCAGAUGAUGCUGAUGGUGACGACAAUAACAACAUCAACAACAAAAACACUACAUGCACAGCCUCCCAGUUGCCUCCCA